UAGUAAGCACGAUAUAUAGUUUCUUACUUUGACAUACUAUUUAUACAAGGAGUUUUAGAAGUAAUAACGAGAGAGGAAAAAAUACUUCGUGUGGAAUAAUGUAGAUUUAAUUUUUUUUUUCAAAAAAUUGUUAUUUGAACCUUUAUUCGGAGCGCUGUCGUUUGUUUCCCAGCCGGAGUGUUUAUCUUGCGACACCUCCCUCCCUUCCAUUUCUCCAGACUCAGUUCUGUUUUUCGCUCAAACAUGUCGAGUUCCUACAAAAACAGGAUUCAGGAGUUUAAGACGGUGCUGAGCGAGGAGAAGAUCGACCUGAAGGCGCUACAGGAGCUCUGCUUCGGCGGAAUUCCUUUCGAGGGUGGGAUUCGGUCUCUGUGCUGGAAGAUCUUGUUGAACUUCCUGCCCCUGGACCAGACACUAUGGGACUCGUUCCUGAAAAAGCAGAGGGAGGUUUAUUCCCAGUUUCUGAAGGAGAUGAUCAUCCAGCCGGGAAUCGCUAAAGCUAAUCUGGGUCUCUCCAGAGAGGACGUGACCAUGGAGGAUCACCCUCUGAAUCCGAAUCCGGAGAGCCGAUGGAACAACUACUUCAAGGAUAACGAGGUUCUGUUACAGAUCGAUAAAGAUGUCAGGCGUUUAUAUCCCGACAUGGCGUUCUUCCAGAGACCCACCGAGUUUCCCUGCCAGCUGAUCCUCGACUCGCAGAACGAGUACGAAACUCUGCGCAGACGCGUGGAACAGACCACACUUAAAGCUCAGACCGUCAACCGCAACCGCAGCGGAGUCACCAACGUGAGCUCCCCGGGCAAGGCGCUGAACCUGUACCCAUCCAACGAGUACGAGGUUUUGCCGAACGGCUGCGAGGCGCACUGGGAGGUGGUGGAGCGAAUCCUGUUCAUCUACGCCAAGCUGAACCCGGGCAUCGCCUACGUGCAGGGCAUGAACGAGAUCGUCGGGCCCAUUUACUACACCUUCGCCACCGACCCCAACCCGCAGUGGAAAGAGCACGCAGAGGCCGACACGUUCUUCUGCUUCACCAAUCUGAUGUCGGAGAACCGUGAUAACUUCAUUAAGAGCCUGGACGACUCGCAGUGCGGCAUCACGUACAAGAUGGAGAGCGUCUUCUCCAUGCUCAAGCAGAAGGACCUGGAGCUCUACAUGAAACUGGAGCAGAAUAUAAAGCCGCAGUACUUCACGUUCCGCUGGCUGACUCUGCUGCUCUCUCAGGAGUUUCUGCUGCCGGAUGUGAUCCGGAUUUGGGAUUCGCUUUUCUCCGAUCAGGAUCGUUUCCACUUCCUCAUACUCGUCUGCUGCGCCAUGCUCACUUUAAUUCGUGAUCAGUUGCUGGCUGGAGACUUUACAACAAACAUGAGAUUACUCCAGGAUUACCCCAUUUCAGACGUACACACCAUCCUCACCAAGGCGAAGGAGCUGCAGGACGGCUCGUAGCUCACACGCGCUCCACGUACAGAGAAACCACGGCAACCAGUAACCACAACAACAACCAGAGCGGUGCCCCAUUGCAUCCUGGGAAGGAUGUCAUCUUUCUGCCAUUGCAUUAUGGGAAAUUACGGGAGAAAACCUUACGCCUCGGCUCAUGGCUCAUGGGCCGCGCCUCCCGUAGUCAGACUGCGUGCGUGUGUGUGUGUGUGUGAGAGCGCGUGUGUGUGUGAGAGCGCGUGUGUGUGUGAGAGCGCGUGUGUGUGUGAGAGCGCGUGUGUGUGUGAGAGCGCGUGUGUGUGAGCGCGUGUGUGUGAGCAUGUGUGUGUGUGUGUGUGUGUGUGGAGCUUUUGAUUGCACUGAACACUUGAAAAGGAUCCGGCAGUGUCCAAAACACUCUCCAAAUUUCCAAUCCAAGUGAAAGUUUCUCAGUGUUUUUUCUUAAUUUUUUUUAAAAACAUUUUACUUUAUAAAUGUCUACUUUUUUAUUUUGGUGUUCUUUUUUUUUUUUUUUUUUUUUUUUUUUCUUUUACAAUGGAUGUAUUUGUGAUGGAAAAGGGGGGAAGAAAUUGAGCAGCAGCGCACGCAAUGAACAAACAUUUAUUCUACACUAAGCACGUGCCGAUAAUCAGUUAUACGAUUUUGAGCCAAAAAAAAAAAAAAAGCGCCAACAAACCACACACAUCAACACUCUAACACUCUACUGUUAUCGUUGCUAUGGUUACGUUUUUGGCGGAUGUUAUAUUCAUACUCUAAGGCAAUAAUGAAGAAUAAAUACAGGUCUAGUUUCACAGUGUGACAUUAGAUGUGUCCUAAUAGUGUGUUACACCACAGCGCUGCUGAGUUCUGCGCUCUGAUUGGUCAGAAGGUGUUGAUUAAUUCUCUAUAACAGCAGCUCUGACGGUAGCGCAGGUUUAUAUUAACGCGCUCGUUCUAAUAUUUUAUCGUUUCUAUAGCAACAGCUCAUUCACAGGGACAUGUGAUAAUAAACCGCUGAUAAUAAACAGAUUAAAAACUGAUUGUUUUCUGUAAGGAGAUGUUUAUUUAAUAUUUAUGGAAGGAGUCUCCAGUGUCAGCGCUUUGUAGCAGGCAGAGGUAAAGCUGUAACGUUAAGUUUUCUGACAUCUUCAGGACAGAGGGGUUGACAACUGUGUUUUUGGGUUUUUUUUAUAUGUUUUUCUUAUUACAUUGAAGUCUAAGAGUAAGAACAGGAACUAACCUGUUUCACCGACUUUCCGCAGUUAUAAAUGAGUAAGAAUGUGGCGUAAGAGGAAUAAAACACUCCGGAACGUGCCGUUAUAGGAAAAUAAUCAACGUUAACUCCGCUUCAUCACACCAACACCACGUUGCGUUUUAUUCUUUACAUCAUCACUACACUGAUGAGCGUUAUUCCUCAGUUUAACAUUAUGAGACGGUCAUGGUGAACUGAAUUAUGGGAAAUGAUCAGGAGAGUGUUAAGCUGAAUGAGAGACGUAUAGCGAUGACGGUAUAGUGUGUGUGUGUGUGUGUGUGUGUGUGUGUGUGUUGGUUGUAUUGUGUGAUCAGUUGUGUAAUUGAUUAUUGGCACAUGUCUAUACGGGCUCGGGGAGAGCCAACACUAUGUAAAGCGGAAAUCUCCAUAUGUUAAUGUGUAUUUUUUAUUUUCUUUCAUGUUCUCUCCAUUCCAAGUCCUGCUGUAAGUGUAGAUUUUGCUCUGUGUGUGUGUGUGUGUGUGUGUGUGUGUGUGUGUUUAGUAAACCGAUGAUGUUUUUAGUCACCGAUACCUUUUCCACUGACAUGGAGCCAGCGCUGUUCCGGUUCUCCGAACUGUUACAUCAUCAAGUGGGCGGAGCUUAACUUAUUUAUCAAACAUAUUUUAUCGUCCAAUUCCUUACGUCUUGAUUAUUUUUAAUGUCUUGAAUGACAGGUGUUACUGAGUCAACAAGGGCGGAGCUUAAGUUAUAUUUGAUCGGCCAAUCACAGACUUGAUCAGUAGUUUACAGUAGUUUUGCUAAUUUUAGCUAGCUGGCUAGCAAGCUCUACUGCUGGAUUUACUAUUAGUACAUUUAGAUCACUGGCUAGUCUCAGUGGAGUGGGCGUGGCCUCUGUGAUGUCAGCCCUAGUGAUGGAGGUGUGGCCUCUGCACCUGUCAGUGGGUGUGGCCUCUACCUGUCAUUGCCAGUGAAGGUGGUUUCUUUUGCUUGUCAGUCCUAGUAAAGUAGGCGUGGCCGAGGAGAUAGAGGUGUGGCCUCUGUACAUGUCAGUGAUGGUAAAGAAGGUGUGGCGUCUGUAGUUGCAGUGAAGAAGGUGUGGCAUGUGUGUCUGUCAGAUCCAGGAAGAGGGGUGUGGCCUCUGCGAAUGUCAUUCCUAGUGAAGAAGGCGUGGCCCGUGUACCUGUCACUCCUAGUGAAGAAGGCGUGGCCCGUGUACCUGUCACUCCUAGUGAAGAAGGCGUGGCCCGUGUACCUGUCACUCCUAGUGAAGGAGGCGUGGCCUGUGUACCUGUCAGUCUCAGUGCAGGAGGCGUGGCCUCACACUCAGAAAGAGAUACACACUGUUUGUUGUGGCGUCAGAACUGAACCGAGUUGCUGAAUGAGAGCGGUUCCAGAUAAAGCUCGGGCAGCGUGUCAGUGGAAAAGCGUGAUGCGUUUACUAAACACGUACUAAUCCCGGUAAUAUAUUAGCACAUACGCUAUUUAACCUGCUAAAGCAUGUUUCUCUGCUGUCUCUGAUGCUAAUCUUCAGCCCAGCAUGCACAUGUUUACGCCGUUUCUUUCCCUCGUCGCUGAAAUGGAACUGAAAAUGCACAAGUAGGCAUGUGCUGAUGUUGACUUCCACAUCGUCAUAGCUAGCUUUUUUUUUUCUUUUUUUUUUAACAGUGUUGGCAAUAUUGCUCUUAGAAAUAACUACAAACUACAAUAUUAUUGUUGUUCUGUUCAGCAGAAGAGAAAUAAUGGAAUAAUGGAGUACAAUUGAACAUUCUGCAGUUGUCCUUGUUCCACAUUCCUCACUGCUCAGAAUCACAGUGAAGUGACGUAAGUGUUGAGACGUCCAUGACAACAAUAUUGCGAUAUAAUCGUGCACUCGAUUACUGGCACAUGCUUUCAGCAAAUGAAUCACAACACCACUUUCCAGAUUUAUUAAACAUACCACACAAAAAUGGAUAAUUAAGUAAUUUGUCGAAUGUGUUCACUUUCCCAAAUGAUUCGAAAAAUGAUUUUGUGAUGCUUUCUGAUGAUUUUAACACUAAAGUGUUGUUUUUGGAAAACUCGACUCCAGUCUCUUGACUUCAUUGAAGAAUUUCUUUUCUUUCUUUCUUUCUUUCUUUCUUUUCAAAAUACUAAUCCAUGUAGAUGUAAAAAUUCUGCUUGUGUAAAAGAGUUCAUGAGCUAACUUGACAGAAUUUCAGAGAGGAUUUUAAGUGAUAUCUCACUUGUGAUUGGUUAAGGUUAGAGUUAGGGGCGGGGUUAGCUCUGGUUGCAUUAAUUACACCUUUAUUUAUUUAUUUUAUUAUUAUUUUAAAUAAAAAAAAAUCAGUCUUGGUUACUGGAAUGAAUGAA